AUGGACACACCUUUAGGCAAAGAUCUCACUAAUUCAGUCAUAGGCAAAGUUUAUAAGUUGACCAAGAGAAUAGGGAGUGGAGCUUUUGGAGAAAUAUAUCAAGUAGUAAAGGGAAAGGAGGAAUAUGCAAUGAAAUUAGAAAGAAGUGAUACUAAGCAUCCUUAAUUGUUUUUUGAGGCUAAAUUAUAUACUUAUUUAUAAGGCUCUGAUCUAAGUGAUAAAGGUAUUUGAAAUGUUAAUUAAAAGUUAGGAAUCCCUAGAAUAUAUGCUUAAGGAACAGACGGUGAUUAUAAUUACAUCGUCAUUGAUUUUUUAGGUUAAAGUUUAGAAGACCUGUUCAACAAGCAUAAUAAAAGACUAUCUUUAAAAACUGUAUAUAGCUCUAAUUUACUCUUAGGUCUUGAUGCUUGGAGACUAAAUGAUUUAACGAAUUGAAUAUAUUCAUUUGAACAAAUUUCUUCAUCGCGAUAUUAAGCCUGAUAAUUUUCUUAUUGGAUUAGGUUAAAAGGCAGUCAGAAUCUACCUUUUGGAUUUUGGAUUGGCUAAACGCUAUUAAACAAAAGAAGGACACAUACCAUAUAGGGAGGGAAAGAGUUUAACAGGAACUGCCAGAUAUGCAUCUAUAAAUACUCAUUUAGGAAUUGAGUAAUCAAGGAGGGAUGAUCUAGAGUCUCUUGGUUAUGUCUUAAUGUAUUUAUUAAGAGGAUAACUUCCUUGGCAAAAUAUGAAAGGAAAUAAUCAAAAAGAUAAAUAUCAAAGAAUCAUGGAGAGAAAAUUAGAAACAUCUUCUGAUGUAUUAUGCAAAGGAUUUCCUAUCGAAUUAUGUUAAUACUUGAAUUAUUGUAAACAUUUAAAAUUUGAAGAAAAACCUGAUUAUCUUUAUCUAAGAGGAUUAUUUAAAGUAUAUUACUUAUAAGAUAUAUUAGGAUGCCUUUAAAAAGAUUGGUUUUGAACUUGAUUAUAAAUAUGAUUGGAUAAAGGAUGAUAAUGUGAUAAGAACUCAGCAGGAUUUGAUGAGUGGAGAAAAACAAUAGUUAUAUUAAUAGUUAAUUAUGACAUAACCAUUACACUAAUAACCUCCAAUAUUACCAAAAGGAGUAUACAAUGGAAUAGAUUCAGAGAAGAAAAUAUCUAAUAUGAACACUUAACAGUUAAAUUCAUAAUAAUUGAUAGCACAAAGAAAAACAAUAUAAUAAUAAUAAAUAAAUAAAAUUUAAUCAGUGGAAAAGAGAAGAACUAGUUUUUAAAAUAGAUAACCUAUUCCAUCAAAAGAAAUGGUAAAACCAGUAACUUAAGUGUUGGCACCAAAAAUAGUAACUACUAAAGAACCUCACAGAAAAUAUUGA